AUGCCGGAUCUCAAAUUCACCCUCCGCCAGAUCUGCGAUCUCUUCCAGAACGCUUCCAAGAACACCGCCCUUCCCACGCUCCCAUUCGCUCCCCUCCCCACCCCGUUCCCCCUCCUCUGGCUCCUUCAUAAUUGCAAUAUUUCCUUAUCCGCUCGCCCAUCCCGCUCCCACCAGCCCAUCAUCACCCGCUCCCCUCGGACUCUCCGCGAAUAUCCCACCGCCUUCUCCCUCUUCUCCACGCUUUUUCCAAUCGUUUCACCUCGCCAUCAUAUCCUUCCUCUUCCCGCCGCCCCGCCAUCGACACUUUCCCGAGUUGUCUCCGCGUUCCUGCCACCUGUUCCUUCCCCUUCCCGGCGUGCCACCUCUCUGCAAUUCAACCUUACUGGAAUAAUAUUCCAUCCUUUGUCUCCCAUUUAUCCUCUCCAGAGUUCCUCUCGACGCCCGACGACCAACUCCUGA